AUGGCGGCGGGCCGGGCGCUGGCCGCGCUCCUGGCCGCGCUCCUGGCCGCCUCAGCGCAGCUGCUCCCGCGGCAAGCUUCCUUUACAAUCUCUCUUCAUAAAGCGGACAACACCACAGUUACGAUUAAACUGAAACCCGGUCUUCCACCAAGCUGUCGAAUCCGUAUGAAAAAUGUCAUCAUGUCUGAACUCAAGAUAAAGCCUGGGGAGAAUGUGACUUUUGCCUUUACCUGUAGUACUCCAGAGAAAUAUUUCAUCACAGAAAUUCGGAAAAAUAUUGACUGUGUGUCAGGCCCAUGUCCCUUUGGAGAUGUUCAUCUUUACCCACUGGGGCUACCUCGCCUUAACAGGACUUAUAUCUGGGACGUGAAGGCAAGUACAAAAGCUGGACUUGAACUAAAAUUUUCUACCUCCUGGCUAAGACAGAUUAAACCAGGAGAGACGUGCCCAGACUCCGUUAGCUACAACAUCAACAGCUGUAUUGAUAAGGCCAUGGUCAACAUUGGCACUUUCUGCAGGAAUGGCUCCGUGUCUCGCAUCAAACUGCUGGGAGGGGUUGUCAUGUCCCUGCACCUCCCGUGGCACUUGCCUCUCACCACCUCAGGCUUCAACAUAGCCAACAGGGCUUCCAUAAAACGGUUAUCCAUCAUUGAAUCCAUUUUGAAUGGGGAGUCUUCAAUCACCCUGAUGUCCCCUAACUACCCGCUGGGCUUUCCAGAAGACGAGCUCAUGACGUGGCAGUUUGUGAUUCCUCCCAAUAUGAGAGCAAGUGUGUUCUUCCACAACUACAGCCUCUCCAACUGCGAAAGGAAGGAGGAGAGGGUGGAGUACUACAUUCCUGGCUCCCCCAGCAACCCGGAGGUGUUCAAGCUGAGCGACAGCCAGCCUGCCAAUAUUGCUGGCAGUUUCAACAUGUCCCUGCAGGGCUGUGAUCAGGAUGCCCAGAACCCGGGCAUUCUUCGCCUGCUCUUCCAAGUCGUCGUUCAGCACCCGCAGGUUGAUGAGAAUGUCACCCAUUUGGUCGACCUGAGCAAGGAGAAGAACGUGACUGUGACAAUACACUCGGAAGGGUGGCCCAGCCACAUCCCCCUCAUGUCUGAACCCAUAUGCCUGAUCUGCAAGGAUCCUCGCACCUGUGACCGUGUCUUGACUUUAACCUCUGGUGCUGUCUACAAGAUCUCCUUUCUGUGCAAGGACUUGUCCCGGCUGAGGAUCACGGCUGAAAAAGGCAUAGGCUGUAUGGAUAUUCGUUGGUGUCAGAGGAAGAUCUAUUCCCUUUCAGUGCCUAAGGCUAUUACCCGAUUGCCAAUUCGACUGCAUACGUUUAUUUGGAAGCUCUUGGCCACUGAUAUGAUCAACAUAGAAAUUACAUCUCCGUCCUUGAAACUUCAGCAACGUGUCCAAGAGCAGAGGUGCAACACGAGUUAUGGUUACAGCAUUGUUAGUGCCACCCCAGAGACAGAGCUGAAUGUUGGCAUAUUCUGUCCUGGUGGAUCUAUUGAAAAGAUUCAGAUGAGGAAUAAUAUCACCAUAUCCUUAAAUACAUUUGGUAAAGGAUUCAUCAAUGGGUCUGUCCCUCAGGAUUUGAAUAUGUCUUUUGUGCCACAUAUUAAAGAUGAGUGCAUAUUCACUGUGAGUCCAAAUCCAAAAGCUAAAGUUUACUUGCAGACUCCCAACUGGCCUCAUGGUUUACCUCCUUACGUUUCCAUAUCCUGGUUCAUCGUUGUGCCCAGCAAGCAAACUGCCCGCCUUGGGUUCUCCGAGGACCGCAUGGGCGUUGCCUGUGAGACGGGCCGUGCCUAUGUCAACAUCAAGGAAGAGACUCUGGGAGCAGAGGAGAUCGUGCGCCGUGAGGAUGAGCUCCUGCCCCAGCCCCGAAAUAUGCUCCACAGCUUCUGGGUGAACGUCUCCAACUGCAGACCUGUGGAUAAGACACAGCUGGCCUUGCAGUUCUGGGUGACUUCUGCUGACAAGCAGAUAGACCUUGGAAUCAUACUUGCUGUGGUGGCUGGGGCUGGAGUUCUCACAGUGAUUGGACUGGCCGUGUGCUGUGUUAAGAAGAAGAAGAAGAAAACCCAGAAUCCCAUGGUGGGAGUGUACAAUAGUAAUGUGAACACCCAGAUGCCUGGAAGAAAAGGUUUAUUCGGAAAAGAGAGGAAAAACAAUGAGUCUCAUGUCUAUGCAGUUAUUGAUGAUGCUGUGGUCUAUGGACACUUACUGAAGGAAUCCAAUGGCUCAGUCUCUCCAGAAGUCGAUGUCUAUCGGCCUUUUGAUGGACCCAUUGGUAGCUUGCCACCUUCUCCACCUCCAUUCUCCUUUAGAAAAGACAUUAAACGCUCUUCUAACACCGAGGAGGAACCUCUGCCCCUGACAGACACAGACCAAGACACUUACACGUUUGCUCAUCAGAAAUCAGGGCAGUCAGAGAACAAUGGAGAUGCAAAUAAAAAGGAUAAGGGAGAUACAAGCGUACCCUUGCUGGAAAAUAAGGAACGGGAUGGUUUAGUGGAAUAA